AUGUCAACCCUAAGACCUUUCAGAUGUUUAUACAAACAUAGUGUGUUCGCGUUGAGGCACUCGUCACGACUGGCUAGUGCAUUGGCGCAGUGGGAGUAUGCAGCAGAAGGGAACAGUAACUCGGAGGGCGAGUACCGAGCAAGAGCCGUGAAGACAGCGCUAGGUGCCGGCUCGCUAGCACUCGCUCUGCUAGCAGCUGAUCAUGUCUUCAAUGAAAAACGAUUCUUCAAAGCUGCUCAGAUCGGGAAUGUGCAAGAAUUACGGAAGCAAGUCGAGGCAGUAGCUAGCAACAACAAAAGUGGCCGAGGUGAAAACGAAGCUGACGGAGGCGGAGGUGGCGCAGCCGACUGGCGCCAUGCACUGGGUUGGACGGCGCUCAUGGUGGCCGCCGCCAACGACCAGGCGGGCGCCGUGCACGAGCUGCUGAAGAUGGGCGCUCGGCCGGACCUGCAGGAGCGGUACUCGGGCGCCGCCAUGGCAGCGGCGGCCGCCGGCAUGCACCCGCUCGAGGUGCUACAGCGGCGCGAGGACGAAUUUUGUAGCACUAUGAACGCGCGUGCGUCAUUCCUCGGUUGGACCGCUCUGCACUACGCGGCGCUGGCCGACUCCUCGGGCGCAGCGCGCGAGCUGCUGGAGGCUGGCGCCGACCCCACGGCGCGCGACCACGCGGGCCGCCGCGCCCUACACUACGCGCGGGACCCUUCGCCCACUCGCGACCUCAUCCUCUCGCACACGCGCACGUGGGAGGAGGCGGCCGCCGCCGCUGCCGCAGAGGAGCGACGUCGCUUCCCGCUGGAACAGCGCCUCAAGCAGUUUAUCGUCGGUCAGCAGGCCGCCGUCGAGACGGUCGCGGCGGCCGUGCGACGCAAAGAGAACGGCUGGGCGGACGACGAACACCCUCUCGUAUUCCUAUUUCUCGGUAGCUCUGGCAUCGGCAAGACUGAGCUGGCGAAACAGUUGGCGCGGUACAUGCAUCGCGACGACCCGGCAGCUUUCAUCCGGCUUGACAUGUCGGAAUACCAAGAGAAGCACGAGGUAGCCAAGCUAAUCGGGGCGCCGCCCGGCUACGUGGGCCAUGAGGAGGGCGGGCAGCUCACGCGAGCGCUGGCGCGGCGCGCGGACGCCGUCGUUCUGUUCGACGAGGUAGACAAGGCGCACCCUGACGUGCUCACGGUGCUACUGCAGCUCUUUGACGAGGGAAGGCUUACAGAUGGUAAGGGCAAGUUGAUCGAAUGUAAGAACGCCAUCUUCGUAAUGACGUCGAACUUGGCAGCGGAUGAGAUCGCGCAGUAUGGGCUGCAACUGCGGCGUGAGGCCGAGGCUCGCGCGGCGCAGCGCGUGCGCAUGGCGCCUACAGUCACCGUCGAACAAAGAGGUGUGCCCAGCCUAAUGAAUUUUUUUUCAUUGUUUUAUGGUGAUAAAAGACCGUGGUUUUCGGUUUCAGUAGGGUCUCACGAUGCGAACGGCCAGAGCGGGCCACCCGAAUCUAGCGACCCGGAGGAGUCACUAGAAGUGUCGCGAAACUUCAAGGAUAGCGUGGUGCGACCGAUACUCAAGCGGCACUUCGGCAGGGACGAGUUCCUGGGCCGUAUCAACGAGAUCGUGUACUUCCUGCCGUUCUCGCGGCAGGAGCUACUGACUCUGGUGAACAUGGAGCUGAAGCUGUGGGCGGAGAAGGCGAGCGCGCGGCACUCCGUGGAGCUGCGCUGGGAGGGCGGCGUGCUGGGCGCACUGGCUGACGGGUACGACGUGCACUACGGCGCGCGCUCCAUCAAGCACGAGGUGGAGCGCCGCGUCGUCAACCAGAUCGCGCUGGCGGCCGAGCGCGGCGCCCUGGCCCGCGGCUGCGGCGUGCUGCUCACGGAGCGCGCCGGCCGCGUCGCGCUCGCAGUGCGCCGGCCGCAAGAUGCCGACUACACGCCACUAGACCUCGCCGCACUCUGA